UACCUCCUCUCUCUCUAUCUCUCUCUCUAACAACACCCUCUACCCUCCCCCUCUAUCUAUCUCUCCAUAUUUUUUGUACUAUACAUAGACCUAUAUUUAUAUUUAUAUAUAUAAGUAGAUACUCUCAUUAGUGGUAAUUUGUUCUUGGAGUGUGAAAAUUAAAGGUGCUAGCAUGGAAGGCCAUGAAGAGAAUGGUGUCAAUAUCAUUGUUAAGAGAGUCGAGAUCGACACGAGCGCGCCAUUCCGAUCGGUGAAGGAGGCGGUGGCGCUCUUCGGAGAAAGAGUUUUAGCUGGAGAGGUCUACGCGAAUCGGCUUCAUGAGAUUCGAAAUGAAUCAAACAAGACCAAGCAAGACACCUCCCACGUCGAGUCGAUCAUGGCGGAGCUAGGAGAAGCGCAACACGACCUAGAGAAAGAGCGCGAGGAAAACCUACGGAUGGCGGAUUGCGUCAUUAAACUUCAACAAGAGCUUGAGCAAACCAAGAUGGAGCUUAAACAACUCCAAAAAAGAGAGCAUUCCUCUAAGAGAGCUGUAGAAGUUGAGAUUGAGGACCUGAAGUUCGUUGAGAAUGCCAUGUCUUAUGAGGUCGAGAUAGAGAAACCGGCUAUUAGCCAAGAACUAGAGUUCCAAAAGAAGAGGUAUGUUAGUUUCGCCGACGCUCCUUCACUUUCUCGAGUACUAAGCGUCGAUAACGGGGUUCUAGAAAGGCAAUUUCCUAUGGAGAAGGAGAGCACACCAAGCAAGAAGAAGAAGAAGACCUUGGUUCCUUUCAUUAGAGCACUAUUCAUCAAGAAAAAGGGCCCUCCAUAUAAAGCUUGAAGAUCAUGAUUAUGAUAUUUCAUAUUUUGAACAUAAAAAACAAUAUCAUGGAGAAUAUAUACUUUUUCUAAUAGUUGCUUUUACUCAAUUUCAUAUGUUUUGUCGAUUUAAACUCUUUAAAAUGGCGACUUUUCGAUCUUCUUGCUAUUCAUAUUGUACACAUGUAAGCACUUCCAUAUGAUAACAAAAUUCUAUAUACAAAAUAAGGAUCCAAUUUUCAUUCAUUGCUCU